CAUGCUCGCGUGAACACGGCCUCAAAGCUGGGCCCAGCGCGAAAUGGCGGCAACUUUCCGAUAACUUUCGUAUCGUAACACGAAGUAACAUAUCUUUGCAAUUCUAGUAAGAACUAUUUAUAUAAUCAGUGUUAACGACUGUAAUAAUAAAGUUUUAUUGUUUUAAUAUAUUAGUGUGGGAAGAUUAUUUACAAAAUCUGCCGAAGCCUGUUGAUAUAACUGUUUCCAAAUGCAACCAUGAAACCAUAUAUAAGAGAAUGUCCAAAGUUUCCUUUGUACUAAGGACUUGAACGUUUUAUUUCUAUCAUGAAAAAGUUAAAGAAGUCUGAAUACUCCAGCGAUAAAAUGUAAACAAAUUCCAAUGCCGGGUCUGAUAGAGAACGUGUCAUAGACAAUGCACAGCCUCCUUGGAGCGGCUGUAGUGUCGGCAUUACUGCAAAUACUGCUCUCCUAUACGGCCGUCAGUGCCGUCAGCUGGGAGGAAUGGUGGACCUACGACGGGAUCUCAGGUCCAGCGUUCUGGGGGCUGAUCAACCCAGAAUGGUCGCUAUGCAACAAAGGCCGGCGCCAAUCCCCAGUCAAUUUGGAACCAGAAAAACUGCUGUUCGAUCCAAACCUACGGUUUUUACACAUAGAUAAACAUAGAAUAAACGGCCUAAUAAGCAACACUGGCCACUCAGUGAUCUUCACGGUGGAGAAUGAGACCCGGCAUCACAUAAACAUUACUGGUGGGCCUCUCUCCUACAAGUACCAGUUCCAUGAGAUCCACAUCCACUACGGCCUACACGACCAGUUUGGAUCAGAACACGCCAUCAAUGGGUAUACCUUCCCAGCUGAGAUUCAGAUAUUCGGUUUUAAUUCACAAUUGUAUUCAAACUUCUCCGAGGCUCUACACAAAGCUCAAGGAAUUGUUUCAAUAUCCCUAUUGUUACAGCUCGGAGAUUUAUCAAAUCCAGAACUUAGAGUAUUAACAGAAGAAUUAGAAAAUAUCAAAUACGGAGGUGCAGAGAUGCCAGUGAACAAGCUCUCGGUCCGUGGCCUGCUGCCUGACACUGACUACUACAUGACAUACGACGGCUCCACCACGGCCCCCGCUUGCUACGAGACCGUCACCUGGAUCAUUGUCAACAAACCCAUCUAUAUCACUAAACAACAGUUACACGGCUUGAGACGGCUGAUGCAAGGCGACGCCAGGCACCCGAAGGCUCCCCUCGGCAACAACUUUAGGCCGCCCCAGCCUCUCCACCACCGAGCCGUAAGGACCAACAUUGACUUCGAUCUCAGCAAGUACCCUGGGAAAACUUGUCCAAGCAUGCAUCGAGAUAUGCAUUAUAAAGCCAAAAGCUGGACACAGUAUUGAAGCUAAUUCCACUCCGGUAGGCAUUCAAAGCAGCUACGUAGACAUAUACAUAUUAUAUUAGUAUGUAAGUUUGUAUAUAUCUCUUGUACAGUCUUUACAUCCUGCUUAUGAUGAAUGGAGCUAAAUAUUUUAAGUGUAAUAUAUUCAUAUGUCUUAAACUAGAGCGACGUUAGACGUAGUAUAAUGUAACAAGUGAGUUCUGUUGGUUAAAGGUUACCUAUAAUUUUAUGACGGCCUCUAACUAAUUAGAUAAUUAAUAGAUAUUUUCAGAUAGAUUGUUCGAAUCAUACCAUCGGAUUUGUUGUAGUAAAAUGUAUACUAAAAGUAGGAAAAUUUAUCUAUAGCUGUAAUUAAGUAGGUAUGUCGAAUUUACUUAAAAUUUAUUUAAUAAAAAUUUUGAAUAACAUAUCAUUUGAUCAGUCCAAAAAUGUUUAUGAAUUAUUUUGCCAUAUGUUACAUAUCUUCUUAGAAAUAAAAAUAUGUUAUAAAUUGUUAUUUUACUCAAUGUUUGUAUCAUUGUUUAGAAAGUUCUAGUUAAUUAGCAUUGAAAUCAAUUAACGAAUGAAUUUAGCUACCUACAUAAUCAUAUCAAAUUAUAUUUACUAAUUAAGGUCUCAUUUGGCGGUACUAGAUACUCUAAUGUAACAAUAUCUAUCGCUGUAAGACGUCUAUAGCUUUAAUAAACUAUAUUCUAGUGUUUAUAUUGCAUUGCGUAUUGUAAGAUGAAAAACUAUUCCAUGAUUAUGAAAUGUAUAUCGCCUGGCUUUCUUGUAAGAUCUAUUAGGAGUAUUAUUUGAUUAAAUGAUAUUAACUUAA